AGGCGCGCCUUCAAACGCAAUUCAAGAUGCCGACCAUGUGGCUCUCAGACACCCAGAAGAUUGGGGUCGCCUUCUGCUCAGGGGGCGGACUGUUCCUCAUGGGCGGAGUAAUGAUGUUUUUUGAUCGCGCAAUGCUGGCAAUGGGCAACAUCCUCUUCAUAAUCGGCCUCACACUCAUAAUUGGCACAACAAAAACCCUCGCCUUCUUCGCGCGACGCCAAAAAUGGAAAGGCACCGCCGCCUUCUCCCUCGGCAUCCUACUCAUACUCAUGCGCUGGGCGUUCUUCGGCUUCGUCAUCGAACUCUAUGGGAUCUUGGUGCUGUUUGGGGAUUUCUUCGCACAGAUUGCGGGGUUCGCGGGGGGCAUUCCGGUUGUGGGACCGUAUAUCGCGAAGGCCUUGGCGGUUUUGGGCGCUGGGGCAAGGACGGAAUCGAAUGUUUGAGGGUGGGGUAUUUGUGGAUGUGGGAAGAGGGGCUGGGACGAUGGAGGGGAAGGGCAGCGAAAGAAGAGAAGAAGACCAGGAAGAGGAAAGAGGAAGGUUCAAGAGGUGAGGUUGGGCCAUACACAGACAGACACUGGAGUACUGGGGCACGGCUAGUCUCCAGAUAAUCAGGAGAAGAGAAGCAUGAAUGGAGUUUGGAGGUAUGGCAUGGCACCUACGAGCCUCGAUUGGGCAUGAGACAUGUACGAAUACGAAUUCACGCUGGAAUCAUGCAUCGCAUCCCAUGUCCUGUCUAACCGUUACGUGUGUUACCAGAACCUCAUCCUACCAAAUAUCAGAGGAUGGAAGCCCCGAUCAUGCGAACAAUCUAUAACAUGAC